CUGCAAUGAUACCAGCUGAGGUCAUCGAUUGCAUCAGUCAUCUGGAUAACAAGCAACAAGACAAAUUAUAGAGCUGCCGCGGACGGCCAUCAAACUUGUAUCAUUAUUAAGUUGAAUCCAGGCUCCAAGCAUGUCCAGGGACAUCCUCUUCCACCCAACCCUAUCGUCCUCGCUCCAACUAGCGCUAAUACGUGCAGGUUACGAAACACUCGACGAUCUCUGCAACACUCCCGUGGAAGCUCUUUCUAAGGAACUGGGGAUUGAUAUUUCCGACUCGCUAUCCAUAAUCACCGCAUCACAGCGGCCUCCAGGACCGCCUUUGAGUCAAUCUUUGGCUUCUUUGAUAUCUAGAUCACAGAUUUUUGCGUGCAGCUACGCUGCUGUAAACACGGCACUCGGUGGCGGUCUUCCGAGGGGACACAUACUAGAAAUAUCUGGACCCCCAGGCAGUUUCAAAGAAACUCUUGCACUAGAUUAUGCUCGAAUUUUUGUCGAGGCAAACGAGGAGGUUAUAUUUAUUGAUACCCAGAAUAUGACAAGCCUUGCCACGAUCAAGAAAACCUUUCACAAUUCCUCCACCGCUGCUGACUACCAAAACCUUGUUCGCUAUACGCACCUUCAUACCCUCCCGGAUCUAAUGUUAUUCAUACACAACCUACUAUCUGAAAUCCACGCCAAGACGGGGCUUCUCGUCCUCAAUUCAAUUUCAUUUCCGUUUCUAUCUCAUCCAGAUAUUCAGUCCUCUAAACGGACAGCGCUGCUGGAGAAGAUCCAUCAGGUAUUUUUGCAAGCAAGUGCAGUGAAUAAUCUGACAAUUAUCACAACUUCCCAAAUGUCAACAAAAUUGCUCAAUGCUGAUGGCUCUCCUGGAAACUUCGAGACAGGAGCGAAGGCUGUGAUGGUACCACAGCUAGGCUCGACCUACCUACCAAACGGCCGAUCCUAUCGAUUGGUAAUUGUUCCGGAAUCACGAACAACUGGAGUAGUACAGCUUAUUUCAUCUCCUACGCACCCUUCAGGACAGGCCCGGCACCAAUAUGAUCUAUCGCAUCAUGGAGCAUAAAGCGUUCUCCACCGUUCCUUGCGGAUCUCGGUAUCCAUCCUAAGCUCGAGGUGCAGUGAUAAUCUUGUCGGGUGUGAUAAUCAUAUCCAUCUUCCAAUCAUGGUCGAACAUCGGCACUUGUCCGUGUUCCAAAAGUUGCUGCUCCAAUGCUAGAGCGACUUGAGAUUACAAGUUAGAAUGGAGUCCCGUACUGCUCAUGAUGUACUAACCUAGCAAUGGCCUCGAUCGUUCAGUAGAGGAAGAAUAUGAUGUUAUGAAUCGAUCAUAGUAGCCUUUUCCAUGCCCGAGCCGCGAGAGUGAUGGAUCAAAGGCAACACCU